AUGCAAGGCAGCAACAAUCCCUCCCUUCCCCGUAUCGUGAUAGACCCCUCGUCACCUCAAUCCCCCAGCAUCUCCUGUGCAUUCUCACCAUCAACACCCACAAACCCGACCUCGAGCCGAUCAACACCAAAGCCAUCACAGCCACCAUCCCAAGCAGAAGCAAAACGACCCAAGAGGGUCCAUCCAUCCUUCCAGCCCAUCCUCCGCCAUCUACGCACUCCGCUCUGCCCCCUCGUCUCCAGCACCACGGGGCAGCAGCAUCCCGAAUUCCCCAAGACCCUCCUCGCCUACAAUCUACUCACCUCUCGGCAACUGGACGAUCUAGCCCGUCACUUCCACCAGGUAUGGCCCCCGGUGGAAGCCACGAGGGCAUACCCCGUCUCGAUCCCCGCGUGGAUCGGCACACAGGGCGAGAAGAGCGUCGAUCUACAGACCAAGCGAAGACGGUUCGGUCGCUUUAUUGGGCUGAGGGGGUGUGAGUCGCCUACUAUCAAGGAGCAUGGAGAGGACGAAACAGAGGCGCUUUUGGAGAGGAUGGAGUGGGAGUGGGAGCAGAGUCUUCUACAGGCGCAGCGGGAUGAUCCUGAUGCUAUUUUGCGGUGGAAGGCAUGGGGGCGUUGA